AUGUGAAGUAGCGUAGAACAGAACUGUGUAGUGUAGUAUCUUUAACAACAACGGAAGGUGUUUGGAUCUGCCAUUUAGUGUUCCGUUUCCUGUGAGAGAAGAUGAAGAUCGGACUGUGUGCCUACAGUGGGUAUAAAAUAUACCCUGGCCAUGGGAAAACCAUGGUCAAGACAGAUGGAAAGACGUUUACUUUUCUUAAUGCGAAAUGUGAAUCUUCACAUUUGAUGAAAAGGAAUCCCAGGAAGGUGACAUGGACAGUGUUAUACAGGCGGAAGCACAAGAAAGGUCAGGAAGAAGAACAGACCAAAAAGCGAACCCGUCGCACCCAGAAAUUUCACAGAGCUAUUGUUGGUGCAUCUCUUACUGACAUCAUGGCAAAAAGGAAUAUGAAGCCUGAAAUUAGGAAAGCACAGCGAGAGCAGGCUAUCAGGGCUGCUAAAGAGCAGAAAAAAGCUGUCAAAGCAGCAAAGAAGCAGGCUGCACUUCCUAAGGCGAAACCUGUGCCGAAGCAGAAGGCAUCAAAAAUAACACAGAAAAGUGCACCACGAGUGGGUGGUAAACGUUGAAACCUGUUAUGUAAUUUUUGAAUGUAUAAAUUAAUAAAUGAUAAAAAGGUA